GGCCGCCGCAGAUCAGUUAUUGCUGCCCGAGCGGCACCGCAUUGCUCGAAAGGCAUCGCUGCGGCCGCGGCGCGGUGCGCGCGCCCGGCGCUGCCCGGCACGCGGCACCACACCAUACCCCUUGUUGCUAUGGCGGACCUGGAUGUCUUCCUCACCGAAGCCCCGGGCAAGAGCCUCUACGCGCUGCUGGGCGUGCCCCACACCAGUACCAUCGCAGAGCUCAAGAAGGCCUAUCGAAGGUUAUGCUUGUGGUGCCACCCAGAUAAAACCCCGCAUCCGCGCGCGGCGGACGCGUUCCUGCUGGUCUGCUCGGCCUUCGAGCUGCUGAGCGAUCCUGCGAGGCGCAAGGCUUACGACGCGUCGCUACGGCCCGCAAUACCAAAGCCGGCCUUUGCCAAGCCGCGUGUUUAUGAGCCGGCCUUUGCCAGGACCCAAGCCGGCGCCUUCUCUCCCAACGCCGGCCGCGGCUCGCGCUGGACGGAUGAGGCCUGGCGGGACGCGGGGAAUUGGCCGUACGACCAGAGGCGACCGGCGGCGUACGACGCGGGGAAUGAUCAGAGGCGGCCGGCGGCACCAUCGGAACCCCGCGUGCGGCCGCGGUCCGCGCCGGCGAAGCCGCGGCCCCGGUCCGCCGGCGUCGAACAGGCACAGAGGCGAUCGCGCGAGCGCGCCGCGGCGGCGCGCGAGCAGCGCGAGGCCAUGGAGCGCGAGGCGCAAGCGAGGCGCGAGGAGGCGGAGCGACGUAGACAGGCGGGCACCGACGAGGCUCAGCGCGCGCGCGAGACGGCGCGGCGCCGCGCGGCCGCGACCGCCCAAAAAAGAGCCGCGGAGGCGCGCAAGAAGUACGCCGAGGCGUCUGCGAAGACGCGCGUUGACGUCCGGCCGGCGUCCGCGCGGCGGCCCGCAAAAACAAAAACCGAAAACGAAGACACGUGGAAGUCCAUCAUGCGCGACCUCGCGGCGCCGGAGCACUCAAAAAGGCGCGCCCUGGCGCACGCGAAGCUGCGGAAGGAGCUCGACCGCCACAAGGCAGAAUGGGACAAGUUCGAGCGCGACUUUCAGAAAUCGGACGCGACGCGGAUGCCGCUACCGUCACUCGAUCGGGAGCCACCGGUCACAGCACCGGACGUCAACGUGCGUGCGCCCGCGGACGACGACGUUGAUGUAAGAGCCGUCCAAAGAGGAGGGCCCUUCGUCGUGCGCCACCGCACGGAGCCAAAAGACCUCUAUGCGUGGGUCUCGCACGACGCCAUGCGCCUGCAAUGGCGCGCUUUAGACAUGGGGGCCGCGGACGGGGCGCCGUGCGGGUUUGCCGCGCUCGACGCCGUCGACAGCGUGCGCGUGCGGCACCGCAAGGGCGUGCCUGUCAUUUGUGUGAAGGAACCGGGGCGGAAGCUGUUCCUGGAAUUGGCGCCGGAGAGCGACCUCUCCGCGGCGACGUGGGCUUCUACUUUGACGCAUUUGGUGCGGCUCGCGCGGGAGUCGUCGGCGUUUAGCUAGUGGGUAAAAUUUAGGCCGUAUGU